CACUCCUCUAUGCUCUUCCCGCGCAUCCUACGGCGGUCACACGCGACAACUACAGUAUAUGUAGCCGCAAAGACGCCGCCUCCCCCCCGCCUCCUCUUCCACGCUUCUGCCGCCCUGCGAGCCAUCGACAUGGCCAAAGUAGACACGUCCCACCGCCUGGCCGAGCUCCGUAAGCUCAUGAAGGAGCGCAAUGUCGACAUCUACAUGGUGCCCUCUGAAGACAGCCAUCAAAGCGAGUACAUUGCCCCGUGUGACGCCCGCCGAGCAUACAUCAGUGGCUUCACGGGCUCUGCUGGCUAUGCCGUCGUCACCCAGGACAAGGCUGCCCUCUCGACCGACGGGCGCUACUUCAACCAGGCCGAGAAGCAGCUGGACAGCAAUUGGGAGCUGCUGAAGCAGGGCAUCCAGGACGUGCCCACGAUCCAAGAGUGGACGGCAGAGCAGGCCGAGGGCGGCAAGGUCGUUGGCGUCGACCCGAGUGUCGUCACUGCAGCAGACGCCCGUAAGCUGGCCGACAAGAUCAAGAAGAAGGGCGGUGAGUACAAGGCCGUCGACGAGAACCUGGUCGAUUUGGUAUGGGGCGCCGAGAGGCCUGCCCGCCCGAGCGAGAUGGUCAUUGUGCAGCCCGACAAGUACGCGGGCAAGAGCUUCACCGACAAGAUUGAGGAUCUGCGCAAGGAGCUGGACAAGAGGAAGAGCCUGGGUUUUGUCGUGUCGAUGCUCGACGAGAUUGCGUGGCUCUUCAACCUCCGUGGCAGCGACAUCCCUUACAACCCAGUCUUCUUCUCGUACGCCGUCAUCACGCCCACCGCAGCCACCCUGUACGUCAACGACAGCAAGCUAUCCGAGGAUGUGAAGAAGCACUUGGGCGACAAAGUCAGCAUUCGCCCCUACGAGGCGAUAUUCGGCGAUGUCACAGCGCUGAGCAAGGAAAUGUUUGCAGCCAACGACGAGGGCGCCGCACCAAAGAAGUUUCUCACUUCCAACCGUGCUUCGUGGGCGCUCAACAAGGCUCUCGGUGGCGAGGACAAGGUCGAGGAAACUCGAAGUCCCGUUGGCGAUGCCAAGGCCGUCAAGAACGAGGUGGAGCUGGAGGGCAUGCGACAGAGCCACAUCCGUGAUGGAGCGGCAUUGAGCGAAUACUUUGCAUGGUUGGAGGACCAGCUUAUUAACAAAAAGGCGACGCUCGAUGAAGUAGACGCUGCGGAUAAGCUAGAGGAGAUUCGCAAGAAACACGACAUGUUCAUGGGUCUUUCGUUUGACACCAUCUCGUCAACCGGACCAAACGCAGCCGUCAUCCACUACAAGCCAGAAAAAGGCGCAUGCUCAGUCAUUGACCCCAAAGCCAUCUACCUGUGUGACUCUGGAGCACAGUACCGUGAUGGCACCACAGACACGACGCGGACGUUGCACUUUACCGAGCCGUCGGAGAUGGAGCGCAAGGCAUACACGCUCGUUCUCAAGGGUAACAUGGCCCUGGAGCGAGUCAAAUUCCCCAAGGGCACGACCGGCUUCGCGCUGGAUGCCCUGGCCCGGCAAUUCCUAUGGGCGGAGGGCCUUGACUACCGCCACGGUACAGGACAUGGGGUAGGCUCAUUCCUCAACGUGCACGAAGGCCCGAUUGGCAUCGGCACGCGAGUGCAGUACUCGGAGGUGUCGUUGGCCGUCGGGAACGUGGUAUCAGACGAGCCUGGGUACUACGAAGACGGCAAGUUUGGCAUCCGCAUCGAGAACAUGGUCAUGGUCAAGGAAGUCGAAACCAAGCACAAAUUCGGCGACAAGCCGUACCUGGGCUUCGAGCAUGUCACCAUGACGCCGCACUGCAGAAAGCUCGUCGACAUGAGCCUGCUCACCGACGACGAGAAGAAGUUCCUCAACGAAUACCACCAGGAAGUCUAUGACAAGACAAGCCACUUCUUCGAGAAGGACGCCUUGACACUGGCGUGGCUGAAGCGCGAGACGGCUCCGUACUAGCACCGUGUAUUUAGCGUAACAUAGAAUUGGGGUUUUUUUUGUAGCCGUCAGCCUAACACGAUGUGGUGCUUGGUUGUGUUUUUUUUUUCGGUUGGCUUGGCAGCAGCAGCAGACAUAUCAUACUUUGCAA